AUAGGAGGAGGUAUUUUGUUACUUCUAUUAAGUCAAGCAAUUCAAUGACAAGAGGAAUUCACUGACAGACAACGAUCUGAGACCCCCAAAUAUAAAUCAGUGCAAGGGACAGAGACAGUGCAUGUGUGGAGUUGAGUACUAAAGUGAGGGAGUGGCAACAUAUAGCAAGCCCAGGUUUUAAAACUGUCACAGAGAGAGAGAGAGAGAGAGAGAGAGGAGGCUGAAGUAAAAUUAGUGGAACAACAGAAAGAGACCCACACACCACACCACAGAGAGACGAGGGAGUAAGCAUCCAGCGUAAGAGGGAGAGAGAGAGUGGGAGGCGAACAAAGAGUGGGAAGAAGGCAACCAUGCUGAGGAGGAAGAGGAGCGUGUCGUUCGGAGGAUUUGGAUGGGUUGACAAAUCUACCAUUACUGCUCUUCGAACCCGGAAGCAGGAGAUGCUGACCAUCUCGAGUGUUCCCCUGGCAGACUGCCCUCCAUCUCCACCAAGAACUGCUCCUGCUGCCUUGAAGUCUGCACCAUUCUUCGACUCACUAGAAAAGAUGGAGCAGGUGUCUGAGGUGGAUGAGAUGAGGCCAGGCCCACAGAGAGUAAAGGAUGACGAUGUUUCGUACCCGAGUAUAGAAAAGGUGCUACAGGAUGGCCCACCAUACCCUCAAGUGAUCCUUCCACAGUCUGGAGGAUACUGGAUCGAAGAUCCCGAAACCCCAGCCAUCACACCAAACUCUGGAGAAAGCAGUUGGUAUCAUGAGGAAGAUGAAGAGGGCGCGAACCCAGGGGGAGAGUUUGGAUAUCGACUGGAGAGUAACUACGGCAUACGAGCAUACCGCAAGCACUUUCUGGGCAGAGAACACCUUGAUUUCUACUGCACAGCCAGCAACCAUGGCAACCUUGUCCUGUCCCUCCGGCAUGAAGAAACAAAGGAUCAGGAGCAUCUGCACAUUAUUUUAAGGACUCCAGCAAAGACAGUCUAUGACAGGAUUUUGGUCACGGGUUUGCUUGAGCUCCCCAGCGUCCCUCAGUUAGCCAAGCUGCUUUGUGAAGAUAUCGUUGGCUUGAGGUUCAAUCCCGUGUUGUACACUAGGGGAUCUCAGUUAAUACUGAACUACGAUGAACAUGAGCUGAACAACACUUUCAAGUUUGGUGUCAUCUACCAGAAGUUUGGUCAGAUGUCAGAAGAGGAGCUGUUUGGAAACAGUGAGGAAACACCAGCUUUCACUGAAUUCCUCCGAGUGCUGGGAGACUGUGUGGAACUGCAGGAUUUUAAAGGUUUUCGAGGUGGUCUGGAUGUCAGUAAUGGGCAGACAGGUUCUCAGUCGGUCUACACUGUGUUCAAAGGGCAGGAGCUCAUGUUCCACGUCUCUACCAAGUUACCCUUCACAGAAGGGGACACACAACAGCUUCAAAGGAAGAGACAUAUAGGAAAUGACAUAGUGGCAAUAGUUUUUCAAGAAGAGGCCACACCAUUUGUGCCUGACAUGAUCGCGUCCAACUUUCUUCAUGCUUAUAUCCUGGUCACGGUGGAGAAUCCGGGUACAGACGACACCACAUACAAGGUCUCUGUCACAGCAAGAGAUGAUGUUCCACAAUUCGGUCCUCCGCUCCCCAAUCCUCCAGUCUUCAGAAAGGGCCCAGAAUUCAGAGAGUUCUUGCUGACUAAGCUGAUCAAUGCAGAGCUGGCCUGCUACCGCUCUGAUCGAUUUGCCAAGCUGGAGGAGAGAACGCGAACGGCAUUGCUGGACAACCUCCAUAAUGAGUUACACAGACAGACUCAGCUGCUUCUGGGUCAGCCGCUCAGCGGUGAUGAGGACCGAAUGGAGAACGGAAGCCAUGGGGGAAUCCUGGAAACUAUCAAGCGAGCAAUGCGUGUGCGUAGUCACUCAAUGGAGACGAUGGUGGGCUCUCAGAAGCAUGGCCGCUCUGCAGGGGGUGGAGGAGUGCCCACCAGUCUGAGUGGAGCGGGUCUUACCCAUAGCAGCCCUGAGUGCAACAGGAACUCGUACCCUGUGUCAUCUACGGCUAAGUCUCCUCUGAAGAGCCCGGUGAAGAGACGCUCAUGUCUUUUCCCCCGGCUGCACACUAGCAUGGACGCGCAGACCGAGCGUCUAACACGCAGUAUGCUCUGUGAUCAGAGGAGUCUAGACAACGGUCAACUCUCACAAGAGGUUAAAUCACAGACCUCAUCAAACCCCAGUUCUCCAGAGAUCUGCUUGAGUACAGAGAGCCCAGCUCUGAAGCUGCAGGAGUGCACUCAAAGCCCAGAAAUCUCUCGCUCUCCAUCCAGCACAAGCAGCUUCAGUAGUGUUGCUGGAGACACAGACACACUUGAGGAAGGAGACCCUAACAAUCUCCAGCUUUCUCCCAGUUUGUCACCUGUGUGUAGCUCCUCUCUUGGUGUGGAGGGUCAGGGUGUAGGAACUCCGGUUAUAAUGUGCCGCAGUCCCACAGAGUUCAAGAAUAAGAAUUCUCCAAGAUCCAGCCUGAGAUUCCGCUUCGACAAGUUGAGCCACUCGGCGCCUGGGCACUAGUGACCGACCAAUUAAGAGAGACCAGGAGCACUGUGUGAGCCAGAUAUGAGCUUUGGAACAAGACAACAUACUGAGGAUGAGGGACACUGGAUUUUAAAUAUUGCUAAAGCUUGAGCUGCCUCCAAGAUGGCAUGAGUCAUGUGAACACACACACAUCCUAUACACAAAUACCACAGCAUUAUUAGAGCUUAGCAGGUUUAUCCUACCACUGAUCCUGUUGACCUGGAAUAUUCAGGCUAUGAUUUUGAUUGAGUUUUUUUUUUUUUGCAGCAAAGGCUUGUGAUGAGUUCCUAGGAGGAUGAUAGCUUUUUAUAGCAAUAUCUAUCAUUUGUUGAGACAGAACAGUGAAGGUUAUGCAGGACAAAAUAGCUGCAAUAUAGUUAAUUCAAAACAACAAAUUUUCUGUUUGACUUCUGUUAAGAGUUCAUGGUUUAUAUUUUGCACUGGCAAUGCAUUGUGC